GGCUGCUUCGUCAUCUGCUCAUCUAAAGGGAGAGAAACCUGGAGGAACAACGGAGAGGUGGGAGGAAAACACAAACCGCCAUCGCCUCCGCAGAGUCUGAACCGAGAUCAGUGUGACCUGCUGAUCCGUCCAUCACUCUGAACAUCUCGGAAACUUCAGCUUUAACUCAACCAAACAAACUUGCUGCAGUCGACUCAGGUUCCCUGAGGAGUCCAGCGCUUUCCUGGUCCAACCUCAGCGAUGUUCCCCUUCAUCCCCUCCUUCGUCCUCGUCCUCCUGCUGGCUGUUCCAGCCCUCCUGACGCCGACAACCUCACAGGAGUUACAGGUCAGAGGUCACAGGACACCGCGGGACGCCCAGCAGGACACCAUCAAGGUGGUGAUCUCGGAGGGCUGCGCCAAUCAAGGAGAUUCAUCUGAUGUCAGCCAGGGAGGUAAAGAAAUCGACCUGAGUCCUGGUUCCCCUAUAGUCCUGACCCAUAAGAUCAAACUGGUCCCGUCGGGUUCAGGUUCAGGAUCCGAGUCUUGCAGCUGUGAGACGGACUUCGCUGCCCUGCGGGAGCGCCUGGAGAGGCUGGAGAGGGAGGUGUCGGCCCUCAGGGAGAAAUGUGGAGGAGCUGAAGGAGGCUGCUGCACCUCCAAGGAGAGCAAAGGUGCAGGUUGCUCCAUCAAACCCGACAUCGAUCAGUGUCCCAACGAGUGCAGCGAUCAGGGUCGCUGCGUGGACGGAAAGUGCGUCUGCUUCCCAGGUUAUAGUGGACCGGACUGCAGCGAGUCCAACUGUCCUGGGAACUGCAACGACAACGGCCGGUGUGUGAACGGACAGUGUGUGUGCGAUCCUGGUUUCUCCGGUCCCGACUGCUCGCAGAGAGGCUGCCCCGACAACUGCAACGACCGAGGCAGGUGUGUGAACGGCAGGUGUGUGUGCGACAGCGGCUUCGCGGGUCCCAGUUGCUCAGACGAAUCCUGUCCUGGAAACUGCAACAACAGGGGGCGCUGCGUCAACGGCAAGUGUGUGUGCAAGACUGGAUUCAGUGGACCGGAUUGUACCAAAAGAGGCUGUCCUGAUAACUGCAGCGACCGCGGCCGCUGUGUGAACGGCAAAUGUGUGUGCGACAGCGGCUUCACCGGUGCGGACUGCUCUGAGACCGCCUGUCCCGGAAACUGCAACAACAGGGGGCGCUGUGUCAACGGAGAGUGUGUUUGCAAUGAAGGAUUCGGCGGCCCAGAUUGCUCAGAAAUCAUCUGCCCGAAUGACUGCUACGACCGUGGAAGGUGUGUAGACGGUGUUUGUGUGUGCGACAGCGGUUUCACCGGUGAAGACUGCUCUGAGGUUUCCUGUCCAAGGAACUGCAACAACAGGGGGCGCUGCGUUAACGGACAGUGUGUCUGCGAUGCUGGAUUCACCGGUGAAGACUGCUCUGAGGUUUCCUGUCCAGGGAACUGCAACAACAGGGGGCGCUGCGUUAACGGACAGUGUGUCUGCAAUGCUGGAUUCACCGGUGAAGACUGCUCUGAGGUUUCCUGUCCAGGGAACUGCAACAACAGGGGGCGCUGCGUUAACGGACAGUGUGUCUGCGAUGCUGGAUUCACCGGUGAAGACUGCUCUGAGGUUUCCUGUCCAGGGAACUGCAACAACAGGGGGCGCUGUGUUAACGGACAGUGUGUCUGCGAUGCUGGAUUCACCGGUGAAGACUGCUCUGAGAAAGCGUGCCCCAAAAACUGCAGCAACCGCGGGAAGUGCAUGAAUGGGAAGUGUGUUUGCGAUGUCGGGUUCGCCGGGCCCGACUGCGCCGCCAAAGGCUGUCCCAACAACUGCAACAACAAAGGGCGGUGCGUCAAAGGCAAGUGUGUCUGCCGGCGUGGGUUCACCGGACCAGACUGCAGCCAGUGUGAAGACGGGAUGACCGGACCCAACUGUGACACUGCCAUGUCGGGCGUCUCUCAGCUCAGCACUCAGGACAUCACGGAGACGUCCGUCACUCUGGUCUGGACUCCGCCCCCCGUCCAGUAUGAGACGUACUACAUCACCUUCAGCAGUCAGAAGGAGAGCGACCAGCAGAUCAGUGUGCAGGUGGAGGGCAGCCUGACCACCUUCACCCAGACGGGGCUGGCAGCCGGUCAGGAGUACACCGUCACCAUCACCGGAGAGAUCGACGGCCGGAGGGGAACCGAGAGCUCUGCUGAGUUCAUGACCCUGAUUUCUGGUCCCACAAACCUCAAAGUUGUCAAGACGACCACGACGUCAGCUGUGGUCCAAUGGGAGCAGUCUCUGGGUGAGAUUGACAGAUACCGCCUGACCAUCACACCCAGCGACAGAGCAGGAAGGAGUCAGGAAAUGACCGUCCCAUCUGACCAAAACUCCGCCCACAUCCAGCAGCUGGAGGCGGGGCGUUUGUAUGACAUCAUACUCACGGCGGAGAAGGGCUCGAGUCGGAGUAAACCUGCAACCACCCAGGUUACUCCAGGCCCGGAGCCUCCCACCAACAUCAUCUUCAGCAAGGUGACAGAAAACUCUCUGACAGUGUCGUGGACCAAACCCAAGAGUCCCAUCAGCGGAUUCAAGGUCACCUACACCCACACGGAGGAUGGUGAGCCGGUGUCGGUGUCCGUGGACAAAGACGACUCCACCCUCGGCCUGACGCAGCUCUCUCCCGGUUCAACAUACGAGGUCAGCGUCAUCUCCAUCCUCGGACUGGACGAGAGCGAUCCAAUCAAAGACUUUGCCAUGACACUACCCGACCCGCCGACAGACCUGCGGGCUGUAAACGUCACGGACACCAAGGCCUUGUUGUUGUGGCGUCCAGCGUUGGCAGCCAUCGAUAAAUACUCCAUCGUUUAUGGCUCCGGGACGGGUUCAGAGUUGAGGGUCAGUGUGUCUGGAAACGCAGCCGAGCAGCAGCUGAGCGGUCUGGAAGGAUCCACCACUUACACCGUCACCAUCACCAGCCAGCUGGGCAGCCGGGAGAGCUCGCCGGCCACCACCACCUUCACCACCGCCAGAGGCUCUGGGGGUGACGUCGACAGGCCCAGUGAUCUCCAGGCCCGCGAUGUGACACCUCGCACCGCCCUGUUGUCGUGGAAACCACCCUCAAAUCCCGUGGGCAGGUACAGACUGACCUAUCAGACGGAGGGGCAAGAAAUGAAGGAAGUGAUUGUGGACGCCUCAGUAACACAGUACAACCUGACCAGACUUUACCCGGCGUCCAAGUACACGGUGCAGCUGCAGGCGGAGACGGGAGGACGAUACUCUGCUGCCAUCGUCACCGACUUCACCACCGGCACCCUGAGGUUCCCCUUCCCCACAGACUGCUCUCAGGAGCUGCUCAACGGCAUCCGCACAUCCGGCGAGGUGGAGAUCUUCCCUCAGGGGAAGCCCGGGACGUCCAUCAUGGUUUACUGCGACAUGGAGACGGACGGAGGAGGCUGGAUGGUGUUCCAGAGGAGGAAGGACGGCUCGGUGGAUUUCUUCAGAGGCUGGAAGGAUUACGUGAGAGGAUUCGGCGAUCUGAGUGGAGAGUUUUGGCUCGGACUCGAAAUCCUCCACAACCUGACCACCAUGACCAGGAUGACUCUGCGUGUCGACCUGCGAGACAAAGACGAGUCAGUGUUCGCUAAGUACUCGACAUUCGAGGUGGCGAAGAGGAACUACAGGCUGAGCGUGGGCGGAUACAGCGGCACUGCAGGCGACUCCCUCAGUUAUCACAACAACAUAGUCUUCUCCACCAGAGACCGCGACCCGGCGCCCUUCAUCACCCGCUGCGCCAUGUCGUACCGAGGAGGCUGGUGGUACAAGAACUGCCACGAGGCGAACCUCAACGGCCUGUACGGCAUCGACGUCAAACACCAGGGUGUGAUCUGGACCUCCUGGAAAGGGAAAGACCACUCCAUCCCGUUCACUGAGAUGAAGAUGAGACCGGCAGCCUUCAGUCCUCCAAUCAGAGGAUGAGAGAGAGAGAGAAGAAGAAGAUAAAGGACUGCUUAACACACACACACACACACACACACACACACACACACACAAAGACACACACACGAGAACACACACUCAUAGUAACUCUCACUCGAGGAGAUGAAGACGUAUUGUUUCAUGUGUAUAGAGGUCAGUUAUCAGUAUGUUACUGUAGAUUGUACAGUCUCUUCACCUUUUCUUUUAUAUUUCCUUCUUUAAAAUGUGGCUCCUCCCACUUCCUCUGUAUUUAAAGGGUCAGUUCACCGACAAAAAAAAGGCAUAUUUGCCUCUCGUCUGCCUGUGCUGAUGCUUUUGGUUUGCAAAUGAAGCUGCAGGGACGCAGGAAGUCAGUCACAGCUGAGAGGUUUUAAUAACCAGGAUCUUGUUAUUAACAACAAUUUAAUGCAGUCUGAGAAGGUUUUUUAACAAAUGCAGUAAACAGUUACCAAUAUAGGCCACUUCUUGGAGGAAGUCCCCAGACUCCCUUAAGAAAUCGCUCAAUUUUGUGAGUUGUUGCAUUCAGAGAAUCUUGCUGAACUUUGUGAAACUCUCACUCUGACAAAUUCUUGAUAACUUGGGUCGUCUUGUAAAUUCGGCAAAUGUUACACGAUUAAAGAAGACUGUGUAAGUUUGUCCCAGCCACUCGAGUCAUAUGUUGCGCUCAGCACCGAAACUUCCUGCGUCCCUGGUCGCUGAUAUUUGCAGCAUUUCAGUCAGUUUUUGUCGUCAGGUCCAAAACAGCUGCUCAGAAGUUUCUGUUUGGUUUGUUUUUUUGUUCUUUUUGAUGUAAAUAAAUGUCAUAGAUAAGUGUUACACAUGCAGCAGAGUGCAGAAUCAUUUCUACACCAAGUGUUGGUCGAACAAACGUCUCAAAUGUGUGUUUUUUUUUCAGAAAAUAAUAAAACCUCUUGUUUAUGUAUUUCUGACUUCAUCCUGUCGGCUGUCAUUUGAUUUUUGAGACGUAGAAGGAAACGUGUGACAGCAGGUGUUUCUCUGUUAUUCAGUCUGUAAUUUGGAGCCUUGAGACUCUGAUUGAGCUCUGAUUUAUAGCUCGUCAGCGCCCCCUGCUGCUCACUGUCAGACACAUCAGCUGCACUGUGCCCCUCAGGUAACAGGUGUGUGGUAACGUUCUCAGGAACGAGCAGGUGAGUGAUGGAGAAUAUCAUGUUGGUCCUUCUGUGUCCUCUUCUUGUAAAUCUCCCCAUGUUUUAUUUUGCUUUUCAUGUUGCUCACCUGAAAAGAAUACGACAAUAAAAUGACU